AAUCACCAAAACAUCAAUUCCAAUUGUGACAUAUGCCACUGUUAUAAAUAAAUAAAAUUCACCCAUUAUUUUAUAUUUAAAGGAUUAGGAAUAGGUGGUACUCCUCAUAUUCCCUCCAAGUUACAAUGAGCAAGAGAACUACUUACGGCACUUGCCGUUGCUGCUCUGCUAAAGGCAACCACAAGGACAUAAUGAAAGAAUACUAUAUGAACGGUAUCAGAGAAGUUUACUAUGACAUGUUCAUGGAAUGCUUUAACUUAUUUUUAUCAACAGACCCAAGCUUGACAUGCCUCAUCUGCUCAUCGUGUAUACAGCAGCUACGAGAAGCAAACAGUUUCCGUAUGAUGGUGGUUGCAACAGAGAGACAACUUCUCAGUCACAUCACUAGUGCUGAAAGCAAAGAAACUCUAUUUGUUAAUGUACCACCUGCCCCAGAGUCUUUAAAUCAUAAUGUCACCAUAAAAACGGAGUAUAAAGAGGAAAGUGAUCAUGAAUAUGGUAAUUACUCUGAAGACAUGCAAGAUAUGCAAGAUGAUGUACCUCCAGAAAUAGAUAAAGAGAUAGACUUGGUGGAUGGUGAGUCUGAGUUCCUUGCAAGGUUUCCUCUUCAACACCUCAAGCCUCUGCCUACUCGUGAAUCAUUGUACCGUAUCUGUCCAGACUAUGUCAAACAUUUAGAUACUAUGCAAGAAACAAUAGUAACUCCAAGCAUGAUAGCAGUGCUUACCGAAAAAAAAAUUAAGAAGACUUUACCCCGAGUUUACCUAACUGAGAAAAUGGUCAACAUCACCAAUGCAGCCACACUCAUCCAGUGCUCCAACAUCACUCCAUUCAGAAGCAAAAGCCGCUCAGGUUUCCCUUGUUUCUACUGCAGCAGCACCUUCGAUACACUUGACAAAAUAAGAGAACACACAUUAGAUCAUAAGAAAGAUGACGUCACCAAGAUAUUAAACAGAUACGGAGCUGAAUGCAUGGUCGUAUACGCAGAUGUAACAGAUCUAAAAUGUACCAUCUGUAAUAAUAAAGUGCCAAAUUUAAAUGAACUUAAAUCCCAUUUAAUUAAAGUCCAUAAUAAAAAGAUAUACACAGAUUAUACCGACAGAGUCAUCCCAUUCAAGCUGGCAAAUGAUAAUGUUUAUCAAUGCCAAUCUUGUGGAUUCAACUUUGAGACAUUUGGAGCUAUAGAAAGGCAUAUGAACACACAUUACAGGAACUAUGUCUGCCAUGAGUGCGGAGCAGGAUUUAUAACUAAAUACCGUUUGAAAGUGCAUGGGAAAAGUAUGCAUGCAGCUGGUAACUUUCCCUGUGAAGUGUGCAAGAAAGUGUUCACAAGCCAGCAAAAGCAUAAGAAUCAUGUUGAUGCCGUACACAAAUUACUGAAAAGGUUUAAAUGUACCAAAUGCCCAGAAAGGUUCAAUGAAUAUUUCCGAAGACAGAAGCAUAUGGUGGAAGUUCAUGGUGUAGCACCAGUAUUUUAUAAGUGUAAUGUUUGUGACAAGUCUUUUGAGAGACGAUAUACAUUGUCGAGGCAUUUGAAGAGAGAUCAUUUGGAAGAGAGGGACUAUCAGUGUGAACUGUGUUCAUAUAAAUGUUUUACAAGUAACGAACUAAGGGUACAUAUGGUGAAGCAUAAUGGUGAGAGGAUAUAUGAAUGUUCUGUGUGUAAGAAGUCCUAUGCAAGAAAGAAGACAUUGAAGGAACAUAUGCGGAUACACAAUAAUGAUAGAAGGUUCGCUUGUGCCGUUUGUGGCCAGGCAUUUGUACAGAAGUGCAGUUUGAAAGGUCAUCUAAAAACUCAUCAUCAUGAAUACUCUAUGCAAAUGGUUUGAAAAUUAAAUUAAUAUAUAAGGUCAAGAUAGCAAUUGCUGUUUCAAAUGAUGGUAUGAAAAAGGAAAUAUAUAUAUAAUAAAAUACGCCACUGCUACAAACAAGUCAAUUCCGGGUGAAUGUUUGUCUAUAAGGUGUUGUCCAAUUAAAAUUUGUUGAAUAAUUUAUGUCAGUAUUAUAAUAAUUUUAUUUCACUAAAAAUCAAUACUUGAAUUUUUUACUCCGCAAACCCGUACACUGGCGCUAUCGUCAUUAUAAUAUCUUGUAUUUAUCAGGGAAAAAGGGAAAACCAAAAAAAUAGUUAUACAAAUUAAGCUAUACUAUACAAGAAAAAAAAUAGAGAGUUUUAUAUUUUUGUAUUGGACAUAGUUGAAAACAUUUACGAAUCCGAAAACGGUGGACACCAAAGUAAAUUUCUGACUACAUUGUAUUAUGGAAAAGUUUUAAAUUUCAAGAUUUUAAUUGUACCUAUAUUUUUUUAUGCGCAAUAAAGAAUUGUACCUAUUUAGCGAAACAUAAUUUGUAUAUCUUUUUAGUUUACGAAAAUUUAUAAUAACAUGUGAUGGCGCUAGUGAGCGGUUUUGAGCCUACUAUAUAAAUAAGCAAAGUUUCUAUACUACAUACAAUCCAAAUGUGUCCACUUAUAUUUUAAUAUAAAUAUUUAAAUGAGUACUGACCUUAGCCGUAGGGUGUAGAAUGUAUGUACAUGUACCAGUCUUACGUAAGUAAAAAUACUGUAAAGGUUUAUUUGAAUUUAUUUCUGAUUGUACUUAAAGUGACAUCAUCGUAAUAAAUUAACAUUUAUAGGAUAAAUUA